GACAAUUACCUUGAUAACUCUCCGCAGUUACAACUACUGUCCUCCAAAAUCACACUUCUCUAGAGAGUUUAGUCGGAGUUUCUGUUAUAUUUCUUUCCGCUUUUUUUCUUUAGAGAGCGGAUAACACAAUUGCAGAAAUGUAUCAUGAUGAAAUCGGCCAGGAUGAUUUGUCUAGAAAAAGAUCCAAACAGUAUCAUCGAAAUGAUGAUGAAUCGAAGGAAGGCAAACUUCUUCGAGGGAUAUUGAACAAUUUAGAAUUUAAACUCAAUUUACUUAAAGCCAGAUGUACAACAAAGUUUGAUCCAACCGUUUUUGGUGUUGCUGAAAGUAUGAAGAAGAACCUGGGCGAGAUUCUGAAAAUGAAGGAUACACAUGAGCGAUGUGAAGAUAAAAUAUUUUCAGAGGAGAAUAGGGAGACAAUGACUGAUGCUGAAAUUGAGAAAGAUGAUGAGCGGAAAAUUGAUGUUAUCCAAAGAGUAUAAACUGCAGUUGAACAGUGCUGAAGAGUUGAAUAAAGGCAAAGUGGAAGUUGAUGUUGUUGCUGAUCAGAAGGGGGCAGAGGAGAGAAGAACUACACUGAUUAGUACAUGGAUUUAAUUAUUCAAAUCAUUAUUUCAUUUAGUUGGACCUGCAUAUUUCAGAUUUAAUUAUUAUCAUUUUUUCUAGCAAAACAAUUAUAUCGAUCAUAUUACCUGAUUUGACGAGACAAUCCAUUUUAAUCUAGAGUGCUUAUUUAUCCAAAAUUGCAUUUGAAGCAUCACUUACAGCUAAUCAAAUUAACCAAAUAUAUAAAUGCAGAAAUGAGAGUAAUCUGAACUACAUAUGAGCAGGUUUGCCGUGACAGAAAGCUUAUUCAUGGUGAACCAACCUUAUAGCAAGAAGCAUUCUCUCUAGUUCACUUUCUGCGCUCAAGAUUCAGCAGCAAACUAUCCGAGGGGAAUGACUGUCAACUUGUUGUCUGUUUGAUCAAUUAAGCACUUUCCUUAGAUCAUUGAUCCAAUUUCUGCCAAGUGCUUAAUCAUACAUCCGAUUUCAGUCAUUGAGUCGAGCUCUGAAAUCUUUUCAUUUUUCACUAAUGUGUAGUUUU